AUGGAUAAUAAACAUAUUAGUAAUACAACUGAAGCCAGCACGGAAGGAAUAUUAAAUAAUUGUACUGAGCCAAAUGUAUCCCGUGCAACAUAUAAUUUAUCUAAAAGGGUUAAACCUUUUGAUGAUGUUGUGAAUAAUAUCAAAGCAGAAAAUGAUUCACUUUUUCAUAAUGAAUCAAGCGAUUCAGAAGAUUCUGACAGUAUAACUUCUAUUGACAAUAAAAAUGAAAAACAACAAGAUCAAAUGUGUGAAUUAGCCUCUACAUCUUAUGAAAAGGAUGUCAAUGUUUCUGAAUCAUAUUCGCAGGAACUAACUGAUAAAAAACUAGUUGACAGUAAGUGUUAUUUAUAA